AUCAAUCAUGUCUGAAGUGCACAUAAACGGAAACGCGUUUAAACGCCGUGUCGCUGUCAUCCAGAAGAACCUUGCCGCCGGGCUCCCCGCCCUCAACGGCGCGACGUCCGUGUUGGUCAUGGUGGGGUCUAGCAACGAGGACAACCCGUACCAGAAGUCCACCAUCCUCCAGCAGUGGCUCUUGGGCUAUGAGUUUCCUGCAACGGGGAUCCUUGUAACUGCCACCAAGACCGUCAUCCUCACGUCCGUCAAUAAGGCCAAGCACGUGGACAAGCUCAAGUCGGACUCCGUGCUCGUGUGGACCAGAAACAAGGAUGCCGCACACAACGCGCAGUUGUUCAAAGAUCUCCUCGCGGAAAUGAGUGGCAAGAUCGGGAUCCUCUCCAAGGACUCCUACAAGGGAAAGUUCAUCGACGAGUGGCAGGCGGCUUUAGAGCCGGUCAAGGCCGACUACGUGUUCGUGGACGCCGCGGCAGGCUUGUCGGCCACGUGGGAGCUUAAGGACGCGGAGGAGCUCAAGGCAUUGACCACGGCCGCGAAGGCGUCGGUUGCGUUGAUUGACUUCUUCCAACAGGAGAUGGUGACCGCGGUGGACGACGAACGCAAAAUCACGAACUACCAGUUGAGUGAGAAAUUGGAGCUGAAGAUUGACGACGCCAAGUACGUGGCACGUCUUGAAAAAAGCCUCGAUCUCGACCCUGAAGUCUUGGAGUGGUGCUACACGCCAAUCGUGCAGAGCAGUAGCAAGAACUACGAUUUGAAGGCGUCCGCACAGUCGGACGACGAACAGUUGUAUGGGGGGGUGGUUUUAUCCACGUUGGGGUUGCGUUACAAGUCGUACUGCUCGAAUGUUGGGAGAACGUUUUUGAUCGAUCCGACUAAGGAAAUCGAGGCGAACUACGACUUCUUGGUGCUACUCCAGGCGCAGGUGUUUACGUGGCUAACGGCCGGCGCGGUCGCCAAGGACGUUUACGCGAAAGCCGUGGAGUUUGUGCGCGAGAAGCACCCGGAGUUGGCCGACCACUUUGUCAAGAAUAUCGGUUGGAGCAUGGGCUUGGAGUUCCGCGACUCCACGUUUGUACUCAAUGCCAAGAACGAGCGUGUUAUCCACGAGGGCUCGGUAUUGAACGUGACGCUCGGCUUCCAGAACCUCACCAACUCCAAAGCCACGUCCAGCAAGGACAAGACGUACGCCUUGGUGUUGACAGACACCGUAGCGAUCACUGCGGCCGAGCCAAAGCUCUUGACACCGUACACCAAGGCACGUGCGGAGGUCUCGUUUUACUUCAAGGACGAUGAGGACGUUAAGCCGGCCAAGUCCAAGUCUGACCAGAUCAAACUUGAGCAGGAUUUGAAGAAGAACGAGCAGAACUCCAAGAUUCUCAAGUCAAAGUUGCGGGGCGAGAACAAGAACACCGCCAGCGAGGACCAGGAAGCCAUCAAGCGCGAGUUACAGAAGCAGUUGCACGAGAAGCGCCAGAAGGAAGGGUUGGCGAGGUUUGACUCGUCGGACGCCACCGACGCUUCCGAAACCGUUGCGGUCUUCAAGCGCUACGAGUCCUAUAUCCGUGAGACGCAGAUUCCGCCACAGGUGCGCGAUUUGAGACUUCACGUCGAUGUCAAGAACCAGACAAUUAUCUUACCGAUCUGUGGGCGUCCCGUGCCGUUCCAUAUCAACUCGUACAAGAACGGGUCCAAGAACGAGGAAGGGGACUAUCUUUACUUAAGAUUGAACUUCAAUUCCCCGGGUGCCGGUGGGAACGUGUCGAAGAAGACAGAGUUACCAUAUGAGGAUGGCAACGACAAGGAGUUCGUGCGGUCCUUCACUUUCAGGUCGCGUGACACCGAACGCUUGGCAGAGGUGUUCAAGCAGAUCUCCGACUUGAAGAAGGAGUCGGUGAAGCGUGAGACCGAGAAAAAAUCGAUGGCGGACGUUGUAACGCAGGCAAAGUUGCUCGAGAACCGCGGGUCACGCAUGAAGAAGCUCGACUCGGUGUUUGUCAGGCCGGCUCCCGACUCUAAAAGAGUAGCGGGUAGCUUGGAGAUCCACCAAAAUGGUUUGAGAUACCAGUCACCGAUCCGCUCGGACCACAAGGUUGACAUCCUCUUCUCCAACAUCAAGCACUUAUUCUUCCAGCCAUGCAAGGAAGAGUUGAUCGUGAUCAUCCACUGCCACCUCAAGCACCCGAUCAUGAUUGGCAAGAAAAAAACGUCUGACGUACAGUUCUACCGUGAAGCGUCGGACAUGACCGCCGAUGAGACCGGCGGCCGCAAGCGCAAGUACCGGUAUGGUGAUGAAGACGAAUUGCAGCAGGAGCAAGAGGAGAGACGGCGCAAGGCGUUGUUGGACAAGGAGUUCCGCGGGUUUGCGGAGUUGAUUGCCGAUGAGUCGAACGGAUUGGUCGAUUUGGAUGUUCCGUUCAGAGAGUUGGGAUUCACCGGUGUUCCGUUCAGAUCUUCCGUAUUCUGUAUGCCAACCCGUGACUGUCUCAUCCAGUUGAUUGAUCCGCCAUUCAUGGUGGUCACCUUGGAGGAGAUCGAGAUUGCGCACUUGGAGAGGGUGCAGUUUGGCUUAAAGAACUUUGAUUUGGUGUUUGUCUUCAAGGACUUUGCCAAGCCGGUUGUCCACGUGAACACCAUCGAGAUGGGGGUCUUGGAAGAUGUAAAGUCGUGGUUAACCGACGUUGACAUUCCCUUGUCUGAGGGUGCCAUCAAUUUGAACUGGCCAACGAUCAUGAAGACCGUUCAGUCGGAUCCGUACCAGUUCUUUGUUGACGGUGGGUGGUCCUUCUUGGCCGGUGAUGAUGACGAGGACGAGAGUGAUGAGGAGGAAGAGUCUGAGUUCGAGGUUUCCGACGAAGAUCCUUCCGACGAGGAGGUGGUUUCCGAGGCAGAUGACUCCGAUGCCAGUGCCGACGGUAGUGACAGUGAAGGCGGUAGCGGUAGCGGCAGUGACUUUGACGAAGAGAGCGAGGCUGACGACUGGGACGAGAUGGACCGCAAGGCCGCCCGCGACGACGCCCGUAGAGGCGGCGAGCACUAAGUGUUUUUGUAUUGUUUUGUAUUCUAAGACUUGAAGUCUGAGUGGCAAUUCAGAUUCGGGAGAAUCUGGAUGGUGUAGAGAGGUUAGAAUUGAGAAGGAGCACCAACCCAAGUCCGAAUAAUGGCUGAAGUUUGAAUCCUAAUCUGAUAAAUAUAGAUUUAGAUGUAUAUAUGUGUAUUUUCUUGGCAUAUAAUUUCCAUAUUUCGUAAUAUUUACGGAAAAUUAAU